CUGGCGCAACCUGGCAUACCCGAGCCUGCGCCCUCUGGGCAGCUGGCUGUCCAACCUGCUGGCGCGCGUGGCGCAGCUGACGGAGUGGACGGCGGACCUGGGCGUCCCCAAGGCCGUGUGGCUGUCGGGGCUGUUCAACCCGCAGUCCUUCCUGACGGCCGUGAUGCAGACCACCGCGCGCCGCAACGACUGGCCCCUGGACAAGACGGUGCUGCUGACAGAGGUCACCAAGAAGACGCCAGAGCAGGUGGACGCGCCCAGCCGCGACGGCGCCUUUGUGCACGGCCUCACGCUGGAGGGGGCGCGGUGGGACGACAAGGGCGGCUGCCUGGAGGACUCCAAGCCCAAGGAGCUGUUCUACUCGAUGCCGGUGCUGCUGGUGCGCGCGGUGACGGCCGACAAGGCGGACGUGCGCGACGCGUACCAGUGCCCCGUGUACAGCACGGAGGCGCGCUUCAGGGAGGAGGUGUUCACGGCGCAGCUCAAGAGCAAGCACGGGUGGAUCAAGUGGACCCUGGCGGGGGUGUGCAUGUUCCUGGACGUCGUGUGA